ACACCGUACUGUAACAUGCAACCGUUGACCAAGUCGGAGCACACACCUGCAAUCGCCAAACUGUUACAGUAUUUCCGUCACAGGGUCAGAUCCCUUCCUGGCUCUGCAGACAUGCAUAUUAAUGUAUUUCAGUCUCUGAUGGCAUCGACAGCUUUGAUGUGGUGGAAAACGUAACAGGGCCAGGAUCCAUUGAGUACGAACGAGUUCCGCCCGUACGUGCAAUGAUUCAGCAAUUCCGUGACCAGCAUAGGAUGAAACUCGAUCUGUACCGUGUCACGCCAGCUUUUAAGCUGCCGCUCUCCAUUGUUGUGGCCCGCCUGCUGGACUUCAGUAUCACCAGAUGCGUACCGGCGUACCUGGGCGUGUCGCGACUGCACCUAUCCGCGGCCAGGGUAGCAACUUGUUUCCUCCCUUUAACGCGUGUAGAUUGUAGAAUGACGAACGACUUGUUCAAGAUCGGCUUGCUCAACAUCCUAGCCGUAAUUGUUGGAUUAUAAGCAAUAUAGUGUGUUGGAAUGUCGAUUACUAACCUCACCACUUCCCCACUAACUUAACAGACUAGGAGGAGACAGUCGGAGCACCAGCGGGAGUGGUCGGAAUAUGGCCCCAAAAGGCAGUUUGUCAGCCGGGCCGAGACCGAAGAUUAGAUUGGGCCUGAUCUUGGGCGAGAUUUCGCAGAAUCUGACUGAGGCAAGUAGUGUUUCGCCUUUUCUGACCCCCCUCGCUAGAGUACAACCACCUGUCACUCAUCCUACACCUUAUUUAUCUUCACCCACCAUGGCAUUCCAAGACUUGAAUCCGCCCACAAAUUUCAUGCGAUCUAUUCCGCAAGACCAUUUCCUUGCCUUGCCGCGUCCCGACAUUCACAUCGGGCCUCCAGCAGGGGCACCAGAUACAUCCACUCUGGCUGCACACGACUUCGAUGUUGAUACUCGUUCCGGUUUUAUGCCCCCCGAUCCACCAGUCCCUCGUCUGCCAGAAGAGUGGGAAGCUUGGGAGGCAACACUGGAUGAUGCUGUCCAGAGCAGGCUGCAGCUUGGAGACAAGCAAGGUCUGACCGAGCACGACAAACAACAGGCAGCUCGAUGGCAAGCUCGUGUCCGCGAGCUUCCCAUACUACCCGUGACAGAUUUAAAGCGGUCGGAAGUACUCCUUCGUCGCGCACACCAUGUCCUUGCAUGGAUCAUGCACUUCUAUGUCCGUACUCUACCUCCGACCACUCAGGAAAUUCGUAUACCCCCUCCCAUCACGGUACCACUUUUGCAGGUUUCUUCACACCUGCAGCUUCCACCAGUUCUGACAUAUUCGGAUGACGUCUUGUACAACUGGGCGUUCAAGAACGCCGUCCCAUCUUACGAAUCACCCGUUCCAGCGCUCGAUAAUCUCCGGUGCUUAACCUCAUUCACUGGUACGAAGGAUGAAGAGGAGUUUUACCUCUCCUCCGCACGUAUCGAGCUCCAGGGGGUGCCGGCCUUGUCAUUAAUGCGUGCUACCAUGGACGAAGCCUUCGUUGGUGACGACAUUGCCACGCAACGUAUCUCAACAUAUCUUCGUCACCUGGCAGAUGUCAUCGCAGAACUUACCAAGACGCUUCUCUCGGUCCGUGAAGGGUGCGACCCCGAAGUAUUCUACAACGAGAUUCGCCCCUGGUUCCGAGGGGCCGAUUCCGAUGUUGGAAAGAAAUGGAUUUUUGAGGGUCUAGAGCUUGACCCAGAAUUAAAAGAGCCUACAGAGGUAUCCGGCCCGAGUGCUGGACAAAGCUCGCUGGUUCAUGCUUUGGAUAUAUUCCUGGGCGUGGAUAGGUACUCUCAUGCCCCGCAUGUUACCGGGCUUGAGAAAACGUCUGCAGCAUCUUCCAGCUCACAAGCUUCAUCAAAGUCGGAGUCUUCCGAGAAGACCUUACAAGCGUCGCAGUCGGCUUCGCAAUCUUUCCUCACUCGCAUGCAAUCGUACAUGCCUCGUCAUCACCGUGCAUUCCUCCGCCACCUCUCUUCUAACCCGAGACCACUCCGGGCUUUCGUAGAAUCAUCUUCCGAUCCAUCCCUAAAGGAUGCUUACAAUGACGCAGUUCAAGCGCUCAAGAACUUCAGAGAUGCACAUGUGCGGAUCGUCGCGAUUUAUAUUGUCGGUCCGUCAAAGAAGGGCAAGAGGCCCGCAGAAGAGUUAAAAGGCACUGGAGGCACCAACUCUAUCAUGUUCGUAAAGAGUGUUAGAGACCAGACGGCUGGUGCUGUCUUGAAGGCAGCCUAACGUCGUCGGUUGCAAAGCUUGUAUACUUGAAAUCGGUUCGAUUUGAGUUAUUCGCUUUCAGUUAUUGAGUUUAGACUUGGACACAUCAAAGAAACAUGUAGAGCUGUUGUGCUACUAUCAUAUGUUUGUACCCGUAUAUCACAGCGAGCGUUGUAACGAAAUCAAGAAGUUUGGUACAAAAAAUGACAUGAUCACGAAUUCGUCAUGCCUUGCAUAAAAUGCAUAGCGUUAA